AUGGCUGAUUCUCUCCAGAAAGCUAUUAGCGCUAUGUCUAUUGAAGAUGAAGCGCCUUUGGUCCUACCGGACAGUCCUCUGUUUACUGUCUGUGACGAGAAUGCUACGAGUUUGCUCGGUCGGUUGUUGAAUACAGACUGCCAAUCCAUGGCUCGUAUGAUUGAUUACAUGCCUACAGCGUGGAGGGUUUAUGGAAGGGUUCGAGGCAUUGCUCUUUCUCGUGACCGCUUUCAGUUCAUCUUUCAAAGGGAGGAAGAUUUGCAGACGGUGUUGAAUGAUCGCCCAUGGUCUUACAAUCAUUGGACCAUGGUGUUGGAGAGAUGGACUGCAUCGCCUCCUGAUGAUUUUCUCACUACCUUGGAGAUAUGGAUAAGGAUACGACACAUCCCAGUGAAUCAUUUUACCAUCGAUACGAUGUACAUGCUUGCGAAAGAAAUUGGACAUGUGGAGGAUAUUGCUUUCGAUCCUAAAGUCUCUCACUUCAAGGACUAUGUGCGUGCAAGAGUUACCUUCAAGGUGGACAAUCCUGCUAAGGCGUCGAGAAAACUAUCCUUACCGUCUGGUGGCACUGUCAACAUUAAGUAUGAAUAUGAGAAAAUUCAUAAAAGGUGCUUUUACUGUCUACGUUUGACUCAUGAGAAAAUUAGAUGUCCACUCCUCAGAAAGGGGCAUGGCUCGAUCAAAAAAGGUGACUUGCAGCGUUCUACUACAAAGGUGGAUCAUCUGUCUAGUGGUGUGGCCCCCUCUCAGCCGCAGAUUGCCUCUUUGGAAGCCCCCCCUGGUUUCCCCCCUCUGUUCCCAGAGCUCUCAAAAGAGGAACACAAGAUGGCAAUGAUGUAUAUCUCUCAUUCUGAUGAGACGGAACGACUUGCUCGUAUCGAACGAGUUAAACAAGGCAUUGCUGACAAUGCUCGAGAGGCAUCUUUACGCCUUGUCAGAAUUACAAAUGAAUUUGAUAAAGGGAAGGGACACGUCUAUCAUUAUCCUGACAGUCUCGCUAAGCCCAUAUCCUUGGAGGCAAGACUGGGAAGUUCUAGCUCUCAGCCAAAGAAUAUCAUCAUUGAAGAAGAAGAAGCUGAAUCCUCUGAUACUCUUUCUGCUGCAUUCUCUGCGCCUGCUCAUAUUUCGACGGGUUUUCAGCUCGGCCCUUCUUCGGAGGGGCGAGUCUCCAGAAAAUUAAACUCAGGCAAGACACAGAGGAAACGUCCUUCUUCAUGGAAACGGAAAUCUACUACGCCACUUCAAGAGGCGCUAACAACAAUCCCUGCAGAGGAAAGCGAUCUUUCUGCAGUACCCAGUGCGAAAAGGAAGCAGAGCUCCUCUGUUCCCUUCUCAGACAACAAAACCCCAAGACACACAGUCUCUUCGGUGGCUUCCGUAUUGAAGCCGCUGCUCCCCCAAUGA